ACGCUAGCGCCCUGCCGCUGUCUUUCCCAAAGCGCCGACUCUUUCUUCCUCCUCCUCCCCUCCAACGUCGGUUCCGUCUCUCUGCACGCGGUACCUUCGCAUCUUCGUGCCGCUGUCUCGACCCGGAAUUCGCGUUCAGAUCUUUGGUGGUGGGUGACUGCAGAAGAGGGAGAAUCGUUGAGCUCAGAUGCCGGCGGUCGGUGCUGCCGCCACCGUCCCAAAGGCGGCAAUCCCUCCUCUGCACUCAAAUGCUAGUCCGUGGGGAUGGACCAAGACCUCCAGGACCAUUGCUGUGCAUCCCAAGGCCAGUAAAUUCCCGAUGCGUAGCCUGGCGUCUACUUGUGACUAUUAUUGGCCAGUAAAACCUGUAUUGUCAACCAAAGUCAAGCUGCAAUCUCAGAUAUUCGAAGGUUUAGCAGGUCGGCGGCCUCUUUCACACCUGUCCUCUACAUCGACUUCAUUGUUCGGUAAGGACAGAAGUGUGUUACCGCCAAGAACCGGAAGGCACAAAUGCCCGGCGCCUCCAAAAGUGUACCUGGACUAUCCUUUCAGCAUUCCUUACCCUAAGAUCGUGAAGAAGCCGGAGUGGUGGUGGCGGACCCUAGCGUGCGUUCCUUACCUGAUGGCCCUGCAGAUAUCUGACACGGCCUUCUACUUCCAGCCCCUGAUGGAGCACUAUGAGCAAUUCGAGUUCCUGAGCUACUAUGUCCCGGGAGCGAUCCGGCGCCUCCCCACCUGGUUCCUGAUGGUGUACUGCUUCGCCGUGUACCUUUGGGUCGUGCAGAACCGCAGGUGGCCUCACUUCUUCCGGUACCAUGUGAUGAUGGGGCUCCUGUUGGAGAACGUGCUGCAGAUCGUGUGGUAUGCGAGCAACUUCGCGCCACUGAUCCACUACGGGGGCCGGUUCGGCAUGUACUACUGGGCAAUUGUCGGGUCGGCCUUCAUAUUCCUGCUGAUGGAGUGCGUGAGGUGUGCGGUGGCGGGGAUUUACGCAAACAUCCCUUUCAUCAGUGACGCUGCGUACAUACACACUCCAUAUGUAAAGGGAGAUGAUUGAUUGGGAAGAAAAAUUUCAGCUGAAUAGAUUUGUUGGAAGAGAGCCAUUAAUAGCAAAUUCAAUGAGCUUAUUGUGCUGGAUCCUCUACCAGCUAAAGUUGCCGAACUCCAGUUAAUUAUUUUCCAGAAUAUGGAAAGUAGAAUUGGUUUAUAAAAUAACGGGAUGGGUCGUUUU